AUGAGCAGGUUCAACUCCAGUUAUGAGAACAGGACCGCAAUGAUGCAAAACUGCUGGAAGGAGAGGCAGCAACAGGUUGCGGCUCUUGAUGAGGAGAAGAACAUCAAGAAACAAGAACAGAAAUUGGUUGCGGCUGCAGCAAGAGAGGUUGGGGCGCACAAGAUACAAGGGUUGUGGGUUGGUGUGAUCAAUAUCUACAAAGAUGACGAUGCCAGGAAUGUCUUCCUCGAAACACCUGUGGAAGCAAGGCUUGAAGUCAUUAAGCACUAUGCUGGGGAAGUUGUUGAUCAAGUUAAUGCUCAAGUGGAUGAUGACGACGACUGGUGGGAGGAGUUUUGGAAAAUGCUGCUAGAAGAUGAUGAUGAAGCAGCAUUUAUCUAUGCUGGCGUCAGGAGGUUUUCACCACCUCGGUCUCCAGUAGGACAGGGCCAUUACACUGUUGGCUCGAUAGCCGAAGACCUUCCACAUAGUGGCGGAUCCAGAGCCUAG